AUGUCGAAAGAAGUUGAAGUUCUCCUAAGACAGUCGGGCAUAGAAAUUGUCACUUCUGUAUUCUACAGAAUAGAGCAGCUAGGCCAAUUGAUGGAAAAACUGAAGGAACUGGACGCAAGGGUAAUCAUGCAUCACGCUAACGGAGAAGGCUCAUCGCUUUGUCAUGUGUUUUGUCAGGCAUACAAAUAUGGCUUGAUUGGAAGGAAAUAUGUCUGGCUGACUUUGAUGCAAAACGUUAAAGAUUACCGCAAAUUUGCAUCCAAUAUGCAUCAAAAAGGGCAACUCUCUUGCAACGCGGAGCAGGUUGUCAAAGCGGCAGAAGGACAGUUCAUUAUAUUCCGUGCUGACACAAAAGAUGCUAGCGAAGUUGGAUAUGAACCACAACGGUCAUUUACAGAUCAUGCGGAAAUUUUGAGGGAAAUGAAAAAACAAGCUUGGUACAAUGACGACACCAGAAGAAUGCUUUAUCAGUUGAAUUAUGAUGCCAUAUGGGCGGCUGCAUUGGCCUUAAACAAGAGUCUGUCUCGUCUUCCGCCAAGAGUAAUCACCAACUUCAAAUACACCGAUCUGGGCACGGUGACGGACGCUCUGAUGCCGGAAAUGAACCGCACCGACUUCUUCGGUGCGUCGGGUCCUGUGUCUUUCUCACCGCAUGGAAGUCGAAUGAGCUGGCUGGCUAUGGAGCAAAUAAGAAACGGUACAGCUAUAUUGUUUGGUAUUUAUGACCAGAAAUCCCGGAAAAUCACUUUGUCGAAGAAGAUUAGUGACCUGUGGUAUUCUCAUGGCAGUGCAGCAGAGUUGUCAUCGAUUAGUAAUGUACCAUGUAAUGCCUUUGUCUGGCUGUUUGUGACUGGGUUUACAUUGUCGUUCGGUACCAUGCUGCUGAAGAUGUGGGGAGUGUGUCGCCAUUUUCGUUAUCAGCAGGAUUGGGGUCUGCAAGGAGAACUUCGCAUGCUGUCUGGAGUUGCCGUACUGUUGGUUAUUGAUAUUUUGAUGCUGCUUAUCUGGCAGUUGACUGACCCACUCGUGGUGGAAGAUAGGCUUUUACCCGAAAUUAGAGAUGGUGCCAAGAUGGUGCGGUAUCAGACCUUCUAUCGCCAAUGUCACAGCGGGAGUGCUAUGGGCUGGACCAUUGCGUUUAUCGUGUACAAAGGUCUGCUGUUGCUGGGCUCUGUUUGCUUGGCCUGGCCUACCUGGGCAAUGUCGGUGAAGAGAGAUGUUGGAGACAGCAGUCAGGUUGGCUUAGCUAUUGUUAUCAUUACCUUGGCGACUGUUGUCGGAGUUCCAGUAGGUGUCCUCGUACAAGAAGAGCCCAGUGUCAACUUUGGCGUCAUAGCUGGCUUCACGCUCUUCGCUAUCAUAGCUACGGUUUUGUUGCUUUUGAUUCCCAAGCUCAUGGAACUCAAGAGGGGGGAGAUGGAACCGUCGCUUUGGUCGCCAUUGCGGCUCUACGUCGCGGAGUUCUUCAAUGACGCAGGUGAUAAGUAG